UCCUUAUACUCAAGAUUGGUCAAUCCUUCGUCGCAUUACAUUGGUCGAAUAUUGAACCAGAGAAUCUCGGGAACCAGCGUGCACGAAACGACAUCGUUUACUUCAGACUUAGAGAGAGAAAAUUUUCCUUCUCUACCUCCUUAAUUUCCUUCGUUUAACUCUCUUCAUCAUUCAUUCACACAAAUUCCUCUCUCUCUCUCUAACCUUCAUCUUCAAUCCUUCAAGUUAAAGUGUUCGAUUAGUUUUCCUUCUAAAGCUGUUUUUCGCUGGUGAUUUUCAUGUGCUAGGGAGUUCUGAACUACUAUGAUAUUGUAGUUUUAAAUCCAACAAACAGAUGGAUAAGAAACAGCAUUUUGCAAUUUUUACAACUGCUAGCCUUCCGUGGCUGACCGGGACCGCAGUGAAUCCUCUCUUUCGUGCGGCGUAUCUUUACAAAGCUGGGGAAAGGAAUGUCACCUUGUUGAUCCCUUGGUUAUCUUUGAAAGAUCAACGAGUAGUAUAUCCAAACAAUAUGACAUUUGAUUCUCCGGAAGAGCAGGAGAAAUAUAUCCGCCAAUGGCUUGAGGAUAGACUUGGAUUUGCAUCUGGUUUCAGCAUAAAGUUUUAUCCGGGAAAGUUUUCUAGAGAUAAAAGGAGCAUUCUUGCUGUUGGCGAUAUUUCAGAAAUUAUCCCCGAUGAAGAUGCAGAUAUUGCUGUUCUAGAGGAGCCUGAGCAUCUGACUUGGUAUCACCAUGGGAAAAGAUGGAAAACUAAAUUCAGGCUAGUUAUAGGAAUUAUUCACACAAACUAUUUAGAAUAUGUGAAAAGAGAGAAGAAUGGAAAACUGCAAGCAUUUUUACUCAAAUAUUUAAACAACUGGGUUGUUGGUAUAUACUGUCACAAGGUAAUCAGACUAUCUGCUGCCACUCAGGAUUACCCUGGGUCCAUCGUCUGUAACGUUCAUGGAGUUAAUCCAAAGUUCCUUGAGAUUGGCAAAAAAAAAAGGGAUCAACAAAAAAAUCAAGACAAUGCUUUUACCAAAGGUGCCUAUUUUAUUGGGAAAAUGAUAUGGAGCAAAGGCUACAAAGAGCUGCUCCAACUUCUUAAUGAUCAUCAAAAGGAAUUAUCUGCUCUUGAGCUUGAUUUAUUUGGAAGUGGAGAGGACUCUGAUGAAGUUCAAAAAGCUGCUAACAAGCUGGAAAUGACAGUUAGAGUUCAUCCAGGCCGUGAUCAUGCUGAUGAGCUAUUUCAUGAUUUCAAAUUGUUUCUUAAUCCGAGCACAACAGACGUGGUUUGCACAACUACAGCAGAAGCUUUGGCAAUGGGAAAAAUCGUUGUGUGCGCAGACCAUUGCUCAAAUGAAUUUUUCAAGCAGUUCCCGAAUUGUUGGACGUAUACAAACCACAAGGAAUUUGUUCAACUCACACUUAAGGCAUUGGCUGAAAAGCCUGACCAGCUUACUGAUGAUCAGAUCCAUGACCUUUCAUGGAAGGCUGCGACAGAACGGUUUCUUAAGGCUGCUGACCUCGACAAGCCGCCUGAUAGAAGAUUAUUGUCAAGAAGUACCUCAAACUAUCUCUCUACUUCGUUAAGUUUGCAACAAACAGUUGAGGAUGCAUCGGCAUAUGUACAUCAUGUAGCUUCUGGGUUUGAAAUAUCGCGAAGAAUAUUUGGUGCCAUUCCAGAUAGCUUGCAACCUGAUGAACAGCUACGCAAGGAACUCGGGUUUGUUAAAACUUCUGGGAAAUAAGGUUUAAAAACUUAUUAUUAUUAACAACUGUAGUUAAAAUUUGUUGUUUAAUUCCUAAGUUUGAGAGUUUGCUCAUUUAAAUGCUCUCUUUAUAGUCAAGGUUGGAAAUUAAAAGGGUUGUUGCCUUAUAUAAAUAUAUAAAUAUGACAUCUCUGUUUAGUAUCAACCAAAGAUGUUGGAAAAUUUGACUAUUA